UGUGGACUAUUCCUCGGGCUGCUCAUGGUGAUGGUGUGCGAUGAAGGGUCCAACCCUUUCCAAAGAACGCUCACCGGUUUCGUUCGCGGUGCUGUCGCGGAGGUUCCACCCCUGGGCUUGGCUGCUGCAACUCAUGCCCUGGAACGCGCCAAGGAACUUUAAUCAAACUUCUUUAUUUUUAGCCUGGCUUGGGGCCCUGCGGAUGCUCAUCGGCAGCCCUCUCCGGGGACCUGAGAGCGGCUGCAGCGUGCUCGAAAAGUACCAGCCCGCAGCUUUGGGCUGGGCUCUGUGGCGUUUGGCUCGCGGCACCACUCGCCGUCGCUGGUGACUGGCUGGCGGUGGCUGGAACGGGCUCCUCCUUUCAGCCCCGAACGAGUGUGGGGAAGCAGCACCAACAGCAGCCGCUGUCGUAGCGCCAGACAAUUAACUCGCCCGUUUGCGGAGGGGAGGCGGCAGGUCGGAGCGGAGGCAGCGCCACGCCUGCCUGCCUCCCACCCUCUCCCCCCGCCCCUCCCUCCCUCACCCGCUGCCCGGUGUGGUGCAGCGCGCGCGGUUUGGAGCAAACAAGCGGCUGCAGGCACAACACCGCCGCGAGCUGGAGCGGAGGGUUGACUGGCUGCGGCGAACUCGACUGCCCCCACCUCCCCCCAAAUCCUUCGGCAGGAAAGUGCGAGGAGAAGAAAGAAAGAAGGGAACGGGUGGCAGUGAAGCAGGUGCCGCAUUGGAUGAGGAGAGAUGCCCCCCCCUCCGCCGUGCAGUGUGUCAGAGGAGGACAGCAGCAGUGACGGCAUAUAGUUAUUCAACAAAAUUCUCCAAAGCAAUGUUUGUAAAGAUGAAGCUUCCCAAAGAAUUCUUCAGUCUUGGAAGUUACAUAAAGGAAGUUAUUUAAUUCUCAAAAGCAUCUUCUUUCUCAUAUACCUUUUCUUUAAAAAAAAAAAGAAUCAAAAGGACAAUGAAUUCAUUUUGUGUUUUGUUUCUUUUCACUCUGUUAAAUGAAGUCCCAUUAGUCACCUUUUGUUCAAUGGGAAAAACCUGAGCUAGUUGCUUUUAUUUUUACUAUUUUUUUCCUCAUUGAGCCUCCUUUAUAAAACAUAUUUGGUCCACAUUUUAUGUGCAUCUAAGACACUGCCAUAUUUGUUUCAAUAAUUAUAAUCUAUUUUGGUUUUAAUCAGAUUUUUUUUUUUUUUACAUUCUCAAUUCUUCACUGGAUUGCACAAAGCAUUCUUGAUUGCUUGGGAGAAAAAUGAACUUGCUGCUUGUCUGCUGUAAAUGGAUUUUUACGCCAAUACUUUCAUGGUACUAAUAUGAGGCAUUGCAUUCAUUGUUGCAUAGCAUUGUUACCAAAUGACUUGCACAAACAGUGUUUCAGGUGCCGAGGGCCAAGUCACAACAGUCAAAAGCGCCCUCUGUGUAGAGGAGAAAAUAAAGUUCUGUUGCACGUGGAUAGCAAACAGAUGAACUUGCUUGCAGUUUUGGAAGUAAGGACUGAUCACAGUGAGAGUUGGACUGGACUAUUUUGCCUGAAGAAAGGGAAGCUAUGCAGCUUAAUGUUUGGAUUACUAAUAAUGAUGCUAGUAAUGGCAUCCUAUAUACUGACUGGAGCUAAACCUAGCCUCUUGCUAAUGCCACCAGCACUUCAUUUUGGAGCUUUUACUAGCAAUUCAAACUUAAUGGACAAUGCAAGCCUCUGUGAUACAAAAGACCAUUACCAGGCAUCUAAAAUGAAUAUUUCAUAUGCAAAGGAUUAUCCAAGCAUUAAAGUAAUUAUUGACACAAUUGCUUCAAAGACUACAUUCAAAACAAGACAUCUUCCAGACUUGGAAGAUCUGAAGAAACAAGAGUUUCAUAUGUUCUCAGUAAUACCUAACAAGUUUCUUCCAAACAGCAAGAAUCCUUGCUGGUAUGAAGAAUACAGAGGAAACACUACCACAGAUCCUUAUGCUACAAACUCCUAUGCGUUAUAUUCCAAACGUUUUCGGGCAAUAUUUGAUUACCUCAGAAAGGUAUUUUGGAACCAUUUGUAUCCUUACAAGGAGAAGCACUACCGGCUGCGCUGCCUUCCCCAUUUCUACAUCAUAGGCCAGCCAAAGUGUGGAACAACAGAUCUUUAUGACAGGCUCAGGUUACAUCCUGAUGUAAAAUUCUCAGCAAUUAAAGAGCCUCACUGGUGGACACGAAAACGGUUUGGGAUAAUUCGUCUGAGGGAUGGAUUUCAUGAUCGCUACCCUGUGGAAGAUUACCUGGAUCUCUUUGACUUGGCUGCCCAUCAGAUUCAGAGUUUGCUGCAGGGAGACAGUUCAAAAGGCUAUAAUAAGAUGAUGAACAACAUCAUCAUUGGAGAGGCCAGUGCUUCAACAAUGUGGGACAACAAUGCUUGGAUUUUCUUCUAUGACAACAGUACAGACGGGGAGCCUCCAUUUUUAAUACAGGACUUCAUCCAUGCCUUCCAGCCAAAUGCAAAGCUGAUUAUUAUGCUUAGGGAUCCUGUUGAAAGAUUGUAUUCUGAUUAUCUCUACUUUGCAAGUGCAAACAAAUCUGUAGAAGACUUCCAUGAAAAAGUGGCUGAGUCACUGCAACUUUUUGAAAAUUGUCUGGCUGAUUACACCCUCAGAGCCUGUGUGUACAACAACACCCUUAACAAUGCCAUGCCUGUCAGGCUUCAGGUUGGUUUAUAUGUUGUUUUUCUCCUGGACUGGCUGACAGUUUUUAAUAAAGAUCAAAUACUAGUUCUCCGCUUGGAGGAUCAUGCAUCCAAUGUCAAGUUUACUAUGCACAUGGUGUUCCAGUUUCUGAAUUUAGGUGCCCUAAGUGAAAAACAAGAAGCUCUAAUUACCAAGAGUCCUGCAUCAAACACUAGAAGGCCGGAAGAUCGCAAUCUAGGCCCUAUGUUACCUCUCACAAAGGAAAUUCUCCGAGAUUUCUAUCAACCUUUCAACACAAAACUGGCUCAAGUUCUUUCUGAUAAAGCUUUUUUAUGGAAAAAACCCUGAUAUGUCGAUUCAGUGCCACAAAUGCAGUGCUUAGAAAUUUUUUUAUUUUUUAAAAUCCUGUUUCCAGGUGCAAGCAAUCACAUUUUACCCAUUAUGGGAUCAAGAAAGCCUAAUGCAAUUAAAUGUUUCUCCCCAUGGUUAGCAUUCAAUAUGUCAAAGAAAUGAUAUCAGAUUUGCCAUACAUACAGCUCCAUUAUUUUCAAUUCCUCUUGCAACUUUGUCUCUUAGCAAAAGAACAGUUUGCAAAUAGCCUUUGUCUGAAAGUCUUACAUUCCCUGGCUAUGGUUUUGAAAUACAACCUUUUGUAAGAGAUUACAAGACAGAGAUUAGCACUAGACACUUAAUGAACAUUCAUUCUCAUUUUUAAGAUACAUAUUGCAUUCUUUUGAACUAUUCAAAAUCGCUUUUGAACCAUUAAAAGUUUAUUGGUUUUAA